UGUAUUCUUUCACUGAACAUACCACUCUGUAUAAAAUUGUUUUUUUUCUCUUCUGACAUUUACUCAUCUCAGCCGGUUCCGCGUUUUCUUAUUUUUUUAUACAACAUAAAGAACAUUUUAUUACGCUUUAAGAAAUGUUAUUAACCGUUUCGCUUCUAAACAAAGGAUCCUUUUUGGGUUCUUUGAUUAACAAAUGCAGGCAAGUUGUACGAAUUAAACCAGUUAACAAAUUAGAAACUAAUAUAAAACCCAACAUAUCUACUUCUCUAACAUCAACAACUUCCACAUUUCCAACUACAACUGCGUUAACUGGGGACCAACCAUCUGACAGACCUGCUGCUGUGGCCAACCUUAGUUUAAGUAGUCCCUCGCAUGUGGCUAAAACUUUGGAAGAAAAAGCCGGUCUACCUCCUAAACCCAAAAAACCAUUAACACCCUACUUUCGUUUUAUGAAAGAGCAAAGACCUAAAAUACAGGCAGCGAAUCCAAAUCUCUCUAUUGUUGAUAUAGUAAGGAAAGUCUCAAAAGAAUGGGUAACCGCCGACAGCUCAUUAAAGCAGCGCCUGCAAGAGGAAUAUAAAAAAGAACAACAGAAAUAUGUGGAAGCACGUACAAAAUACGAUGCCAAAAUCACCGAUGAACAGCGUUCACAAUUGAAAGAACUGAAACAGGAACUAAUUGAUGCUAAAGAAAGACGUAUGAUGCGUAAACGUAUUAAGGAAUUGGGACGCCCCAAAAAACCGGCCUCGGCCUUUUUACGUUUCAUAGCCAAGGAACGUAUGCUAACGCCUCAAACAACAAAUCAAACUUUCCGGGAGUGGCAUCAAAAGGCCACCGCCAAAUGGGGUACUCUAACAGAUGAACAGAAACAUGUUUACAUUAUGGAAUCCCGUAAAGAAUUGGAAAAGUACAAAGUUGAAAUUUCGUUAUGGGAAGAAAAGAUGAUACGUUUAGGCCACAUUGAUGUCAUACGCCAUGGUAAUCUAAUUGACCCCCCAGAGCCCAAGCCAAAGAAACAUUAACUUGUUCCAGUAUAAAAGAAGAUUCUUAAUAAUUCUUCCAUACAUACACAUAUUUCAUUUUCGUUUAUCACUACAAUUUCAUAGAAUAAGUUGAGUUUCAAGAUUUUUUUCUUUUGGUUCUACAUACGAAAUAUAUUUUUGUUGUUAAGUUUUAUGCCACAACUUUGAGUGUAAUAAAAGUUUUGGUAAUUGUAUUCAUUUUCUUUAGCUUUAGAAGAAGUUCAUGUCGAUGGGUAAAGAAAACACAUUAAAAAUCUACUUAAAUUA